AACAGGAUUUACUGUUUCAUUUUCUCAAUAUGCAAAAGGACAAGGAGAUUAUAGAGCGUGGUAACUGGACUGGACGACUAGACUUCAUAUUGUCCUGUAUAGGGUAUUGUGUUGGAUUGGGUAAUGUUUGGAGAUUUCCAUACCUGUGUUUUAGAAAUGGUGGUGGUGCUUUCCUUAUCCCGUAUUCCAUUAUGCUGUUUAUAGCAGGAAUUCCUCUGUUCUUCUUAGAAUUGUCACUCGGACAGUUUGCAUCGCAAGGCUGCAUUACGGUGUGGGCUGUAAAUCCAAUGUUUAUGGGAGUUGGAUGGGCUAUGGUUAUGAUCAGUGCUAUAGUAUCAGCAUACUAUAACAUUAUUAUCAUGUACUCAGUAUAUUACAUGAUGGCAUCUUUUGUGUCCUUGGAUACACAGUUACCAUGGCAUGAAUGUGAUCCUAAAUGGGCAUCGGAACUUUGUCGAUCUGAUCCAUAUCCGGAUUUUAAAACCAUGACAAAUGAAUCAUUAAUUCAACACGAAGCUAUGAGACUUAAAGAUAAACCUUGCCUACGAGGAUUGUUACCAAACAUAUCUUCGGCAGUUGGUUUCAAUGUGACAAUGAUAGAGGACAUACCUAAUAAUUUCUUAGUUAACAACACCACAAGCUGUGACUUGAAAUUAAAAGUUCCUAGUGACGAAUACUGGACGCGAUAUGUGUUACGAUUGCAUGAAGCUGAAGGUUUUGGUGAUAUGGGUGGUCUCAGUUUGAAACUGACAUUAUGCCUACUUUUGGCAUGGGUUGUUAUUUUCUUCUGUCUGAUGAAAGGAAUAAAAUCCUCUGGAAAGGUCGUAUAUUUCACAGCCACAUUCCCAUACAUAAUAUUGAUUGCAUUGCUAAUCAGAGGGCUCACCUUAGAUGGAUAUGAGAAAGGUAUUACAUUCUACAUGACAGCUGACUUUGAAAGGCUCAAAGAACCGAAGGUAUGGGGAGAUGCUGCCACACAGAUAUUUUAUUCACUAGGUCCGGCUUGGGGUGGACUUAUGACGAUGGCCAGCUACAACAAGUUUAAAAAUAAUACCGUCAGGGAUACAUUUAUUGUCGCGCUAACUAACUGUGCAACAAGCGUAUUUGCUGGGUUUGCAGUAUUUUCUCUCCUUGGAUUCAUGGCUACACAACUUAACAGAGAAGUUCAAGAUGUUGUUGAUGCAGGUCCAGGCUUAGCAUUUAUUGCAUACCCGGAAGGAAUAGCUAGAAUGCCUUUUGCUCCACAACUCUGGGCAUUUUUGUUUUUCUUCAUGCUUUUUACACUGGGACUCGAUAGUCAGUUUGCUAUGAUGGAGACAGUUAUAAGUGGCUUUGUUGAUACCUUUCCAUCCUUUCUGAGACCAAAGAAGGAAUUGUUUACUUUAUUCUGUUGUACAAUUGGAUUUCUAGCAGGACUGCCACAAGUAACAAAGGGUGGAAUUUACUUAUUAACGUUGGUUGAUUGGUAUGCUGGGAGUUACAAUCUUAUGAUUGUAAGUAUAGCUGAGAUCGUCGGUGUCUGUUAUAUCUAUGGAGUAAAUAACUUUAGAAAAGACAUUGAGAUGAUGUUAGGAAAACAAAAUGUAAUUCUUAUGAGUUAUUGGUUUUGUACCUGGAUGUUUGUUACACCUGUUGCGAUUACAUUCAUCGUAUUCAUGUCAGCCCUAAGUUAUACUCCAGCUGGUUACGGAGAUUACGAAUUCCCAGGUUAUGCACAGGCUCUAGGAUGGUUAAUGUCGUUGUCUCCAGUAGCUAUUAUUAUAGUAAUAAUGAUCGCACAGAUAAUACGGAAAGGGUUUCCAGCAGUAGUGAAAAGUGAGCCCAAUUGGGGUCCAGCUUUAGAUGAAGACAGAGCUUUAGAUCCCAUUAGAUAUAAACCCAUACGGCGUGGACGAUACCAACCAAAUAACGAUAUUCAAGACAUUAACGGCCACACAAAUAUUGCCUUUAUUGGUGAUGAAAAAAUUAAAUACAUACCACAUGAGACAAACUAAUUUGAAUAAUACAUCCUGGAUCAAAAUUGUCGUUUCAAUAAUGGAAACAUACAGGAUAAGAUAACUUUAUAUAAAAAAAAUAUCUUAAUGAACUAAGUUUUUAUAUACCGAUAAUAUGCUUUUAGUAUAACAGUAUGCAUAUAUGCUUAAAACUAUUAAUGUAAUAUCAUAAUAAAAACUCCUCAACCAUGGACUCGGUCGCGAAAAAGUUGUAUAAUUUUACGGAUAAUUGCUUAACCGUUAUCAAGUGUAUUGGCACUCUUCUUACAGAAUUGACUAGCUGUCAACAUCUAGGGCUUUGGUAUAUACAUAAUGUGAACAAGACAAUACCUUUAUACAUUAUGUAAUUGCACUAACUCCUAAGUUGCAAACUCCAUCGGGCAACGAUGACUUUAAACACUUGUGAUAAGUCCGCUUCUCAAUAUUUUAGUAAUUUUGCACCGUAAAUUUUCUCGAUCGAGUGUACCUGAUAAAGGUUAAUCCAGAAAUACAAAUGUACAUGUUCUAAGAAUCGGAAUCAGUAGCAUUCAUUUGUAUUAAAACAUUUCAACUGAAAGGAAUUCGACAUGAAUAAUAUUUACAGAAUAUCCGUGCUAAUUUGGAAGAUUAUUAGUUCUAUCCAUUGUUUUUAAAUAUUUUAAAUGCAUACCCUAAUUAAAUUGAGUCACGUGAAAAUAAUGUUUUAUUCGUUUCUAUCAAGUACGAAAGUUUUUUUUCUUAUUUAUCAAAUAAACUUACGCA